AUGAAGGGGGCAAGAUUAUUUGUCCUGCUUUUUAGUUUAUGGAGCGGGGACAUUGGGCUUAGUAACAGUAAGCAUCCUGGGACUACAGCUGAGGAUGGAAACUCCCAGAAGACUAUGACAUCUGCUUCAGUUCCUCUAAAUAAAAUACCAGGUUUCCAAACGCUGCCAGCCACUCAGAUCAUGUCAGCUGAGAUAACUCCAACUCCUGAGGCAAGAACUUCUGAAGAGAGUCUCCUGAAAUCAACACCGCCUCCCUCAGAGACAGGCGCACCUCCUGAAGGUUUGGGAAACCAAACCCUCACACCCACAAAGAAGACAGGAGAAGGAGUGGUAAAGUUACAAAUUCUUGCCCUCCCAACCAACCCUAGCACCAAGUUCAAUCCUGGAGAAGAGUCAGUGGUCCUUUCCAACUCGACACUGAAAUUCCUUCAGAGCUUUGCCCAAAAGUCAACUCAACAAGAGAUCUCUCCAAACGCAGUUGGAGGCGUGGGAAAUCGAGCCCCGCGGGAAACAUACCUCAGCAGAGGUGACAGCCGUGCAAGCCAAAGAACUGACUACCAAAAACCAAGCUUUGAAACAACUAGAGGAAAGAAUUGGUGUGCUUAUGUACAUACCAGGUUAUCGCCCACGGUGAUACUGGACAACCAGAUCCCUUAUAUUCCAGGUGGGAGAGGAUCCUGCGGUUGGACCAGUGGAUCUUGUCCUCAGAGAUCUCAGAAGAUAUCAAAUACCGUCUACAGGAUGCAACAUAAAAUCGUUACCUCACUGGAUUGGAGGUGCUGUCCUGGAUACAGUGGACCGAAAUGUCAGCCAAAAGCCCAGGAACAGCAGCAAGUGAUACACACCAACCAGGCUGAAAGUCACGCAGCUGUUGGCAGAGGGUCAGCAGAGCAGCAGCAGCAGCAACAGCAGCAGCAGCAAGACUGUGGUGACUCAGCAGUGAUGCAAAAACUGACUGAUCAGAUGAACUACCAGGCAACAAAACUGACUCUUCUGCAGAAGAAGAUUGAUAAUAUCUCUUUGGCUGUGAAUGACGUCAGGAGCACUUACUCCUCCCUGGAAGGGAAAAUCAGUGAAGACAAAGGCAGAGAAUUUCAAUCUUUUCUAAAAGGUCUAAAAUCCAAAAGCAUUAAUGAGCUGGUAAAGGACAUAGUAAGAGAACAAUUUAAAAUUUUUCAAAAUGACAUGCAAGAGACUGUAGCACAACUCUUCAAGACUGUGUCGAGUCUAUCAGAGGACCUUGAAAACACCAGGCAAAUAAUUCAAAAAGUCAACAAAUCUGUGGUUUCAAUAGCAGUCCAGCAAAAGUCUGUUUUAAUGCAAGAAAAUAGGCCCACUUUGACUGAUAUAGAAAAUCUAAGGAAUCACAUCGUGAAUGUAAGGCAAGAAAUGACUUUUACAUGCGAGAAGCCUAUUAAAGAACUGGAAAUAAAGCAGUCUCAUUUAGAAGGUGCUUUAGAACAGGAACGCUCGAGAAGCGUUCUGUAUUAUGAGUCCCUCAAUAGGACUCUUUCUAAAAUGAAAGAAGUACACGAGGAGCUUUUAUCAACGGAAAAAGUAUCAGAGCAGAAGAACAUUCCAGCUGUCGAAUCAGUUACCACUAAUGUCACUGAGCACGUGGCUACUCUGCAUGAGACUAUGAAGAAGCAGGGUUUGAUGAUGCUGCGAAUGUUUGACGAUUUGCACAUCCAAGACAGCAAGAUUAAUAAUCUCACCAUUGCUUUGGAAAUGGAGAAAGAAACGGUCAGGGGUGAAUGUGAAGUCAUGUUAUCUAAGUGCAGAAGUGAUUUUAAGUUUCAACUCAAGGACACAGAAGAGAAUGUACAGGUGUUAAACCAGACGUUAGCUGAGAUCCUCUUUCCGAUGGACGAUAAGAUGGAUAAAAUGAAUGAGCAACUAAAUGAUUUGACUUAUGAUAUGGAGAUCCUUCAACCGUUGCUUGAGCAGGGAGCCUCACUUCAACAGACCAUGACACAUCAGCAACCAAAGGAAGCAGUGGUUACAAGGAAAAAACUAGAAAAUCUGACUACUGCCGUCAAUAGUCUGAAUUUUCUUAUUAAAGAACUUACAAAAAGACACAACUUACUUAGAAAUGAAGUACAGAGUCGUGGUGAUGUCUUAGAAAGACGUAUCAAUGAAUACGCCUUAGAAAUGGAAGAUGGCCUGAAUAAGACAAUGACUAUUAUAAAUAAUGCUAUUGAUUUCAUUCAAGAUAACUACGUGCUUAAAGAGACUUUAAGUACCAUUAAGUAUAAUCUCGAGGCCCGUCAUAAAUGUACCCCAGAAAUGGAAACUGUUUUGACAUUUAUUUCUCAAUUCCAACGUUUAAAUGAUUCUAUUCAGAUUUUGGUCAAUGAUAAUCAGAGAUACAACUUCGUUUUGCAAGUUGCUAAGGCUCUUGCAGAUAGUCCUAAAGGUGAGAAACUGAGUCAGUCCAACUUUCAAAAGAUUUAUCAAAUGUUCAAUGAAACCGCUUCCCAAGUGAGAGAAUACCAGCAAAAUAUGAGUCAUUUGGAAGAAAAGAUACUCUUAGCCACUAAGAUUUCUGAAAAUUUUGAAACUCGGUUGCAAGGCGUCGAGUCAAAAGUGACCCAGACGCUCAUACCGUAUUAUAUUUCACUUAAAAAAGGCAAUGUGGCUACAAAUGAGAGAAAUCAGAAUCUUCAACUGCAGGUAUUAAAUUCCAGAUUUAAGGCACUGGAAGCAAAAUCCAUCCACCUUUCAAUUAACUUCGCUUUGCUUAACAAAACUCUCUAUGAAGUCUUAACGAUGUGCCAUAAUGCUUCUACAAGUAUGUCAGAACUGAAUGCUACGAUACCUAAGUGGAUAAAGGGUUCCAUGCCAGAUAUUCAGCUUCUCCAGAAAGAUCUGACAGAAUUGGUGGAACCGAUAAUUGAAAUGAAAACUCAAGCUGCCCUAUCUAAUUUAACUUGGUAUGUAGAUCGAUCAUUAUCUGGAAAUCUGGCAAAUGUUGUCAAGUCUCAGAAGCAAGUAAAAUCAUUGCUAAAGAAACCUAAUACACCUAAAAAACCAACAGUGAACCUUACCACUGUCCUGAUAGGCCGGAAUCAAAGAAACACAGACAACAUUCUAUAUCCCGAGGAGUAUUCAGGCUGCAGUGGGUUCCCGUGCCAGAACGGGGGCACGUGUAUAAACGGAAGAGCUAGCUUUACCUGUGCCUGCCGACACCCUUUCACCGGUGACAACUGCACUGUCAAGCUGGUGGAAGAAAAUGCUUUAGCUCCAGAUUUUUCCAAAGGAUCUUACAGAUAUGCACCGAUGGUGGCAUUUUUUGCAUCUCAUACAUACGGAAUGACUACACCUGGCCCCAUCCUGUUUAACAAUUUGGAUGUCAAUUAUGGAGCUUCCUAUACCCCAAGAACUGGAAAAUUCAGAGUUCCAUAUCUGGGAGUGUAUGUUUUCAAGUAUACCAUUGAGUCUUUUAGUGCUCAUAUCUCUGGAUUUUUAGUGGUUGAUGGAAAAGACAAGCUUGCAUUUGAGUCCGAGAAUAUUAACAGUGAAACACCCUGUGAUAGGGUUUUGACGGGGGAUGCCUUAUUAGAAUUAAAUUAUGGGCAGGAAGUCUGGUUGCGACUUGUAAAAGGAACAAUUCCUGCCAAGUUUCCCCCUGUCACUACAUUUAGUGGUUACUUAUUGUAUCGUACGUAAGUUAGUAUGAAAGACAGACUAUCACCUUCAUGGAGAA